CAUUUAUCCUUACCAAGAAGAAAGCCACUUAAUUCACAUACCAAUCUCCAACAACACAGGUUCCUUGCCAGAUUUAACCAAUCUUCAUUUCCCUUCACCUUUGGCAACACCACUGGAUGUAGAAGACCAGUCAGGCUUAGCUUACAAUCAACAUAGUCCUUCCCAGUCUGACAUAGUUACUUAUUCUACGCUACCACCUCAGCAACACCACGUACAUGUUAUUGGUCCAAGUGUCAGUGGGAGUACACUUAUCCAGACAACAGCAGUGGUGGGUGGUGGGGGAAGCCGCCACAAUAGCCCAGGACCAUCCCCUUCACCAUCAUCCCAACGUAGACACCAUCUUAACUCCAAUAACCUGGUAAUUGGGAGCAGUAAUAUGCGACAUCAUGGUCUUCAUUCUUCAAAACAGCAACAGAAAGGUCUGGCCAUUGAUACUAAUGCUUUGUCAUUAAAUAACUACCCACCUCACCAGCCAUCAUUUGGUGUUUAUCCCCAACAACGGUCUAAUCAGAGCUCACAACCACAUAAUAACUACGUAGAAAGCCAAGCACUUCCACAGAUUCCUGUGGGGUCGUACCAUACCAACAACACAUCAGAUCACUCAUCUAGUGCUCCUACUUCUCCAGUGUCUCAACAUUUUUCUCCACUUAACUCUCCAGGCCUUGGGCCUGGCUCAUCUCUGAGCAGAAAUUCCUUAACAGAUACUAACUAUUUACUUCAUCAUCAACAACAACAGAAUCAGCAGGCAAAUGUUAUACAACAACUACAAUUUGGGCAGUACGACACUGUGGGUGAAAGCCUUGAUCAGUCUGACAAGUUUGUCAUG